AAUUGGUUUAAGUUUAUUUUUUACUCUAGUUUCAUCAAGUGCAAUCAUGGAAGAUCUUGCAAUCGUUCGAAUCUGUAAUGCCACUGAUUCUGUUGACAUAAGUAUUCUCAAUGAUUAUAUGCUUAAUCAUGAUUUUAAUACUCUCGAAAAUCAUCAACUCCGUCAAUUAUCAUGUUUUUUGCUUUGCAUUUAUUCCGAGUAUAAUUGGAUGGAUCAUCAUGGCAGUUUUAAAAUCCACAAUAUUAAAUCUUGGAUGCAUAGAGCAAAAUUACCGACAGAUCACAUUGAAAUUCUUUUAAAAAGAUGCAUAACAUCAGAAUUGACAGACCCUUGUACUCGAGCACGUCAUUUUACCGAAUGUUUUUGGUCAAAUCAUCAGGGUAUUGUGAAUGUCAAUCAUCGUCAUACACUUCACUCAAUAAUUAGAAAAAAAGAUGCCGAAUAGUCCUGGAUAUGAAUUUUAAUAAAAUAAUUCAUUUGAAAUAUUUUAUUCAAUUAAUGAAAAUUCAAUUGUAGCUGCGACGACGUUUGUAACAUUUGUACAUUCUUUGUAUUUUUUGAAUGUCACGAUUACUGAAACCCUCACGUUGUCCAAGAUUUGUUAUUGAUUUUAUCUGGAAAAUUUUUCCAAUGAAAUCCAAUAGACCAUUAUCUUCCUGAUUGAAGGUGCAAUUAUAAUAAGAAAAUUUUGUUUGUGCAUGUGAAUAGUAAAUAAUUAAGCUACUUUUUUUUUGUUUAAAUAAAAUAAAAAUAAAAUGAAUUAUU